GCUACUCUUCAGGCUCUGCUUUACCCAAUCUCGAGCGAUACGCCACACAACUUUCAAGUAUGGAGUGCGACCAGUCCCACCUAUUGCUACGAGUGUGAGGGUAUGUUGUGGGGCUUGGCUCGGCAGGGUUUGCGAUGCACGGAGUGUGGCGUAAAGUGCCACGAAAAGUGUCGUGAACUCAUAAAUGCAGAUUGUCUUCAGCGUAAGUUUAUUCAUUUUACGGAUUUCAUAGCUCUUAUUAUACCUAUUUUGGAUUCUACAUUGGUGCGUGGCUCAAACACAUGGGCAGUUAAAGUUGAGGAGAAAGCAAAAUUUAAUUAG